AUCACGUGCUCUGCAGGCAUCACAGCCAAUCGGAUGUUAUCCAAAGUGUGUUCAGAUCUCAACAAGCCGAAUGGGCAGUACUCGCUCCACAGAACGCGCGAAGCUAUCCUGGCCUUCCUACAGCCCCUACCCAUACGCAAGAUCAGUGGAAUUGGGAAGGUAUCUGAGCAGAUUCUUAACGGCUUGGGAAUCACCACCUGUGGAGAAAUGGUAGGCAUUCUCGUUCAAAUUAGCGUCCGGCAUAUGUUUAGAUUUCAUGUAAGUGAUAAGAUUUAG